GCAUAAAAGAAAUCAUACUACAGAGAAAGCACAUGAAUAUACUGAGUGUGGUAAAGUCUUUGUAUGUCACACUCAUCCUCAAAGGCAUGAAAAAACACUUACUGGAGAGAAAUCCUAUGAAUAUAAUCAUUGUGGUAAAGCCUUUGCACAACACAGUCAUCUUCACAGGCAUGAAACUACACAUUCUGGAGAGAAACCCUAUGAAUGUAAUCAAUGUGGUAAAGCCUUUACAAACCCCAAUAAUCUUCAAGUACAUAAAAGGACACAUACUGGAGUGAAACCCUAUGAAUGUAAUCAGUGUGGUAAAGCCAUUGCUCAAAAGAGUACUCUUCAAAUGCACAGAAGGACACAUACUGGAGAGAAACCCUAUGAAUGUAAACAAUGUGGUAAAGCCUUUGCACAGGCUUGUCAUCUUCAAUUACAUGAAAGAACACAUACUGGAAAGAAACCCUAUGAAUGUAAACAAUGUGGUAAAGCCUUUGCACAGCACAAAUAUCUUCAAGUACAUAAUAGAACACAUAUUGGAGAGAAACCCUAUGAAUGUAAAGUAUGUGGUAAAGCCUUUGCACAUCACAAUUCUCUUCAAAUACAUAAAAGAACACAUAAUGGGGAGAAACCCUAUGAAUGUAAACAAUGUGGUAAAGCCUUUGCACGUCACAAUUCUCUUCAAUUACAUAAAAGAACACAUACUGGAGAGAAACCCUAUGAAUGUAAACAAUGUGGUAAAGCCUUUGCACAUCACAAUUCUCUUCAAAUACAUAAAAGAACACAUACUGGAGAGAAACCCUAUGAAUGUAAACAAUGUGGUAAAGCCUUUGCACAUCACAAUUCUCUUCAAGUACAUAAAAGAACACAUACUGGAGAGAAACCCUAUGAAUGUAAACAAUGUGGUAAAGCCUUUGCACGUUCCAGUCAUCUUCAAGUACAUAAAAGAACACAUACUGGAGAGAAACCCUAUGAAUGUAAACAAUGUGGUAAAGCCUUUGCACAUCACAAUUCUCUUCAAAUACAUAAAAGAACACAUAAUGGAGAGAAACCCUAUGAAUGUAAACAAUGUGGUAAAGCCUUUGCACAGCACAUAUAUCUUAAAGUACAUAAUAGAACACAUACUGGAGAGAAACCCUAUGAAUGUAAACAAUGUGGUAAAGCUUUUGCACAUCACAAUUCUCUUCAAGUAC